UUUUUUUUUUAAUUGGAAAGAAAGCCAUUCAUCUCUCUCCCGUGAACUCGCAAACGCCAUCAUGAAAAACCCUCGAAUCUGAUCUCCGAUCUCGCCCUCCAAGAUCUCUCUGUUCAUGGCUACUUGCGAUUUCUUAUCAUAGCCCCAUCUCGAUUUCGAUUCGCGAUUCCCGCCUCUCGCUGUUCCUUCUCUUCCCUCUCCAAUGGCGACGUCGUCUUCCAAUUCGCUCAUGGACAGUCUGUUUCAGCGAAGCCUCGAGGAUCUGAUCAAGGGUCUUCGUCUCCAGCUCAUCGGAGAAUCCGCUUUCAUCUCCAAAUCCCUAGAUGAAAUCCGCCGCGAGAUCAAAGCGACGGAUCUCUCCACGAAAUCCACCGCUCUCCAGAAGCUCUCUUACCUCAACGCACUCCAUGGCAUCGACAUGUCGUGGGCUGCGUUCCACGCCGUCGAGGUCGUGUCCUCUUCUCGCUUCGCCCACAAGAGGAUCGGUUACCACGCCAUUGCUCAGUCCUUCAACGACCAGACACCUGUUCUGCUCCUGAUCACGAACCAGCUCCGUAAGGAUUUGAACAGCACGAACGAGUACGAGGUUAGUCUCGCUCUUGAUUGUUUGUCUAGGAUUGGAACUGAUGAUCUAGCUAGGGAUUUGACGCCCGAGGUUUUCACGGUUCUGGGUAGUAGCAAGGCCUUCGUCAGGAAAAAAGCUAUUGGUGUUGUCUUGAGGGUUUUCGACAAGAACCCUGAUGCUGUUAGGGUAUGUUUCAAGCGUCUUGUCGAGAAUCUUGAGAGCUCCGAUCCUCAGAUUCUCUCUGCAGUGGUUGGAGUGUUCUGCGAGCUCACCACAAAGGAUCCCCAAUCGUAUCUUCCCUUAGCUCCCGAGUUGUAUAAGAUUCUGGUGGAUUCGAGGAACAAUUGGGUUCUGAUCAAGGUUCUCAAAAUUUUCGCUAAGUUGACUCUGAUAGAGCCGAGGUUGGCUAAUAAGGUGGCUGAGCCGAUCUGCGAACACAUGCGGAGGAGUGUAGCUAAGUCUCUGGUGUUUGAGUGUAUUAGGACCGUGGUGAGUAGCAUGAGCGAUCAUGAAGCAGCUGUGAAACUUGCGGUUGCUAAGAUCCGGGAGUUUCUAGUUGACGAUGAUCCGAAUCUCAAGUAUCUUGGUCUGCAUGCCUUGUCAAUUGUUGCUCCGAAUCAUUUGUGGGCAGUUUUGGAGAACAAAGAGGCUGUGGUUAAGGCUCUGAGCGAUGAGGAUCCGAAUGUUAAACUUGAGGCCUUGCGGCUGUUGAUGGCAAUGGUGAAUGAAGAUAACGUUUCAGAGAUCUCCCGGAUUCUUGUGAAUUACGCGCUUAAAUCAGACCCUUUAUUCUGCAACGAGAUUAUCGGUUCCAUCCUGUCAGCAUGCUCCAGGAACGUAUAUGAGAUCGUAGUUGAUUUUGAUUGGUACGUGUCUCUUCUCGGGGAAAUGGCUAGAGUUCCACAUUGCCAAAUAGGGGAAGAGAUUGAGCAUCAGCUGAUCGAUAUCGGUAUGAGGGUCAAAGAUGCUAGGCCGCAGUUGGUCUGUGUUUCUCGGGUGUUGCUUAUUGAUCCAGCAUUGCUCGGUAAUCUGUUCUUGCACCCGAUAUUAUCCGCCGCUGCUUGGGUUUCCGGGGAAUACGUCGAGUUCUCUAAGAACCCAUUUGAAAUUGCCGAGGCCCUUCUGCAACCGCGGACUUGUCUCUUGCCGCCUUCCAUUAGAGCCAUCUACAUAGAGUCCAUCUUCAAAGUUCUUGUCUUCUGUAUGAGGUUGUACUUCUUGGGCCAGGAACCCGCUUCCUCAUCUUCUGUUGAUGGACCUAGUCCCGUUUUUUUGGAGAAGAACGGCUUCACCCAUGAAUCUGUGGUGAAUCUAAUGAAUUCAAUUGAGUUCUAUUUGUGGCCGUUAUCUGGAACCCAUGAUGUGGAAGUGCAGGAGAGAGCUAAGAACGUUCUAGGGUUCAUCGGUCUGAUAAAGCAAGAGAUAGUCGAGAAAGAAAGCAUCCAGAACAGUGGAACCGAAGCUCUGAGAGUCAUAGGGUUCAUGGAAGAAGUGUUCUCGCUCGGUCCUGUCUCUGCGACUGCACAGGAAAGAGUUUCUGUACCAGAAGGGUUAGAGCUCAAAGAAAAUCUCGGAGAUCUGCAAGACUUUAUCCAACCCAUCGAAUCAAAUGUGUUCUCUCCCACAGACAAAAUCAGCUUCUCGGUUUCGAAACUCGGAAUCAGAGAUCAACAGGAAGAGUCACCUCCGCCAGAACCGGCAUCUCUUCUGGCAGAACACCGCAAACGGCAUGGCCUAUAUUACCUUCCCUCUCAGAAGAACGACCGAGACAGCGACGGAAACGAUUAUCCUCCGGCAAACGAACUGGCGGACGAGAUAUCGGUAGAGUCGUUUAACCCUCGGAGAAAGCAGGGUCAGUAUAAACCGAGGCCAGUGGUGGUGAAACUGGACGAGGGAGAUGAGUCAGCCUCAGUGAAAACGACAAAGGAGGAUGUGAAGGAUGAUGAAUCUUUGUCACGCGCAAUUCAGAACGCUCUUAUGGGAAAGGAUGAGAGAUAUUUGGAUACAGGGAAUGGAGAAUCGAGCUCGAGAAGGGAAAUAAAUCAUGAAAGGGCAGAGAAGGAGAAGGAGAAGGAGAAGAAGAGAAAGAAGAAGAAGAAGAAUGGGGAGAGAAGUAGCAAUAAGCAUAGAUCAAGGCGAAGAACAGAUGAAGAAGAAGAAGUUGGUGAUUCGAAGCGGGUAAUGAUCCCAGAUUUUCUCUUGUGAGAAAACGGGUUUGUGAUUGAGAUCUGGAGAUUUAAGGUUUGUGUCGGAGAGCUCUUGCUGUUUUUUUUUUUUUUUUAAUUUAAUUUUCUUUUCUUUUUUUGGGUUAUUAUUGUAUAGUGAUUUUAAUGUAUCAAUUUACUGGUUUUGUGAAAUGUAAACAGAUUUGAGAAAGAAAAAAAAACUUGUGGAA